AUGGGUUCUCUCGGCAGCGCCGCGCAGCAGCAGCAGCAGCCGCAGCCGCACGCCGUGUGCCUGCCGUACCCGGCGCAGGGCCACAUCACCCCGAUGCUCAACGUGGCCAAGCUGCUCCACGCCCAGGGCUUCCACGUCACCUUCGUCAACACCGAGUACAACCAGGCGCGCCUCGUCCGGACCCACGGCGCGGCGGCCGUGGCCGGCCUCCCUGGCUUCCGCUUCGCCACCAUCCCCGACGGCCUGCCGCCGCCGGAGGACGAUGACGUCACGCAGGACAUCCCGUCGCUGUGCAAGUCCACCACGGAGACCUGCCUCGGGCCCUUCCGCCGCCUGCUCGCCGACCUCAACGACCCCGCGGCCACGGGCGGCCACCCGCCCGUCACCUGCGUCGUCUCCGACGUCGUCAUGGGCUUCUCCAUCGACGCCGCCAAGGAGCUCGGCCUUCCCUACGUCCAGCUCUGGACCGCCAGCGCCAUCAGCUUCCUCGGCUACCACCACUACCGCCUCCUCAAGAGCCGUGGCCUCGCCCCGCUCAAAAGCGUGGAGCAGCUAACGAACGGAUUCCUUGACACGCCGGUGGAGGACGUGCCGGGGCUGCGGAACAUGAGGUUCCGGGACUUCCCGAGCUUCAUCCGCACCACGGAUCCGGACGAGUACAUGGUGGGCUACGUCCUCCAGGAGACGGGGCGCUCGGCGGGCGCGUCGGCGGUGAUCAUCAACACCUUGGACGAGCUCGAGGGCGAGGCGGUGGCGGCCAUGGAGUCGCUGGGCCUGGCGCGCAAGGUGUACACGCUGGGCCCGCUGCCGCUGCUGGCGCGCGAGGACCCGCCCACCCCGCGCUCCUCCAUCAGCCUCAGCCUGUGGAAGGAGCAGGAGGAGUGCCUGCGGUGGCUGGACGGCCGGGACCCGGGCUCCGUCGUCUACGUCAACUUCGGCAGCAUCACCGUGAUGACCAACGAGCAGUUGGUGGAGUUCGCGUGGGGGCUGGCCAACAGCGGCAGGCCGUUCCUGUGGAUCAUCCGGCGCGACCUCGUCAAGGGCGACACCGCCGUGCUGCCCCCGGAGUUCCUGGCCGCGACGGCCGACCGCGGGCUCAUGGCCAGCUGGUGCCCGCAGCAGGCGGUGCUGGACCACCCUGCCGUGGCCGCGUUCCUCACGCACAGCGGCUGGAACUCCACGCUGGAGGCCAUGUGCGGCGGCGUGCCGGUCAUAAGCUGGCCCUUCUUCGCCGACCAGCAGACCAACUGCCGGUACCAGUGCAAGGAGUGGGGCGUCGGGAUGGAGAUCGACAGCAACGUCCGCCGCGACGCCGUGGAGAGCCUCAUCACUGAGCUCAUGGAGGGGGAGCAGGGGAAGGAGAUGAGGAGAAAGGCGAUGGAAUGGAGGGACAUCGCGAUCGAGGUGGCCAAGCCCGGGGGCACGUCUCACCGGAAUUUUGAUGACCUGGUUCGCAACGUGCUCCUGCCCAAGAACUAG